GUAAAAUGCCCAGAUUCCCGUCGCUAGAACGUGAACGGCAACAGUUCCAAGAAGCCAUUUGAACAGAAAGGCUGCAACAAGUUUGACUUCCUUGGAAUGUCUCGUCGUUUCAGUAACUUACAGUAUGUAUCUAUAGGAAUAUUGUUCGGCACAUGUGUCUUUUUAUGGACUAGAAAAUUAAAUUUAACAAAGACAUUCGACGGAGGAUAUGCAACUAGUAAUCUACGCCAGACUGCCCGAAGUGAAAAUGAAGAACGUUUAAUCAAUUCUUGGGCUAAUAAAAUAGAAUUCGAAGAAUCGCCAUCAAAUUUCGAAGAUAGCGAGGAAAUAAUUAAUGGCCAAGAAGACAAUGCCAACGAUCAUGUGCGUUCAAAAGAAGUCGCUGUUUCUGUUAAAGAGGCCUUUUCGGUAAAUAGUCCCAAAGCAUCUGAAGAAGAAGAACAGGUUGUGGAUAUUGAUUCCUCCAAUGCAACUCCGGAUGAGCCAACUGUUAAGCAAAGCACUUCACCAGAACCAGUCGACACCGCGUCGGAUGCGCCAACUCCGACUAUUGAAAACAGCGAGGAAAGUUCAUCAAUAUCAGUUGGAACGUCAGAAGCUCUAAGCUUACCUGUUUCCACAACAACGAUAACAACAAUAGUUUCUCCAUGAUUUUGGGACUGUUGAAGAUUAAAAUGUGUGAACUUUGUUUUUUCUGUUUCUUGUAAAAUGUUUGGCGAGACUUAUUUAUUUUCACCUACAUACUCUCACCUUUACCAGAGUAACCACAAUAAAUCGGAUGUUGCUUGCUUGUUUGUGUUCCCAGCUGAUCCAUCAUGCUAAUUUAUAAGCAACAGCUGAACGUUUAAAAACAUUCGAAAUACCGAGUGACUCUUGUGUAAUUUUCACUUUGGAAGUUGUAACAACGGCCGCUAAAACCUGUUUCAAAAUGUUUUAAAUUUAUGCCAAUAAAUCAUGCUGCGCUUUUUCUUCAAUGAGCAACCGGAGUCUAUUGUCUGCAUAAGCAGGUAAUACAAUUUUUCCAAGACAAUGGCACUAGGUUGUACGUACUUUAUCUCUACUACAAACGUGUCAUUUUACAUAAUUUUGUUUCAGAAUGUUACCUAUCCCUUGGUUUAUGAAAAAAAUUUGAAAUCUACUGCAAGUUAUUUCGCUUCUGCAUUUCAAACUAUCAGGCUUUCAUAAAAACGGUAUUUAAAUCA